AUGAUGGUUUCUGAUGAAGAAAAAAGAUGGAUUGUUGUGGGAAUUGCCAUGAACAAAGUUGCUGCUCCUGUUUUGCGGGAUGCCAUGAAACAAGGAAUGGACACCAACUAUGCAAAUCUGGACAGACACUGUCAACUUCUGACCCCACCUUGUACUCUAACUACUUUAAAUCACGGUCUGGUCCGAGCAGAUCCUAUCUUGAGGAACCUGAAAUUUCAAAAUAUAAACAACAAUCAUCUUGUUCAUGGUGUAUGCAACUACAACUUCAACAUCUAUAGUUCUGUGGAUUUGGCAAAGUUAUAUCUGCCAGGUUAUCUGGCUCAGUUUUCAGCCUUUGAUGAGUCACUGGACAUGACUGCCAUUCUUCGUCUGUUAGGUUUUAAGAACUACAUGCCUGCCCCUGUUUUUUCCCCACAAACCCAGGCUUCAGCUGAUGAUGUCAGGGAAAAUGUCAGAAACAAAUGGGGCCAUGUUGAUUUUACUGAGUGGACAGCUGCCCUGUUCAAUGAUUGCUUUGACAAAGUGAAGACAUUGGUAAGGAGUCUAGGACUAGUAGCAGGGUUGGAGAAAGACACAUUGGACCAGCUUGCUGAUUGGCAAACAAAAGGUACUGUAAUUUCAACAGCAAUUUUAACACCCUGUGAGUCAGUAAAUAUAUCAUUUCAAAUCAUAUUUGAUUAUAAUAAUAAUCAUAACUAUAACAAAAUUCUCAAAUCUGAUUGGCUACCAACUGCCCUGAUUUCAGCCUUAAUUGGACAAUUUAAUAGGACAGUACACAUCGUACCUAAGUAAUUGGACAGUACACACCAUCACGCGCGCUUAAAUGGCUUUUUUUAACUACUAGCAAAAAAAAUUGGAAUUUCCUCUGUUUUGAUUUCAAAAAAGGGCCUUAUAUAUCACAAAUUUUGUUUAAGUUAUGAUUAAUUGGUAACAGAACUUUGUGUCAACCAAUUGAGUCUGUAAUCAUACUCGUGAUUAAACAAAUCGGACUCCCGCUACGUGGUCGUCCGAUUUUGUUAAUCACUCAUAUGAUUACAACCGAAUUAGACUCCACUCAGUCCUGUUACCAUUACUAAUAAUAUUAUAGGGCUUCUGAUAUUUCGCGCAGUCAAGGAGCUUCUAAUUAAAUUCCGAUAAAUUCGUGAAAUCCCACAAAAUUCACAAAAAUACCCAAAAUACCGCGAGAUUCACUAGAAAUCUUAUCAAAUAGAAUGUCAGGACAACAUGUAUCUCACAUGUAUCUCAUCUCUUGGGGCUGUUUACCUGCUGUAAAGGUGCAAGUUUAUCUUGAAACAUCCCAAACCUACAGCUGUACCAGUUUGAAAAACUGGGUACUAGCAAUGAUGUUAAAAGCUUUGCCAUUGGCUCUGACUUGUGGAGGGUAUUGUUGUUGAAAGAGCAAAUGAUGACCUCUGUUAAGGAAAUGUUAAAAAUGCUGGUCUGAUCAGCACAAAACCGAUAGAUUUCUAGCAAAAUUUGCCCUCAAAAUUCCCACAAAAUCGGCUGUUUUUUACUGACUGUUUUUUGUCAAAGUUUGUCCGUAAAAAUUCCACGACAUUUGACUUUUCUUCCAUGACCUAUCAGAAGCCCUCUAUUAGGUAAAACCUUUCUAAGCAGUCACCCUUGAAUUGGGAGUUAAGCUAGGUGACCAAUGUUGGUGGUUUAAGGUACAUUAUUUGUAUUUUCCUUGCAAAGGAGUUAUACAUGUACACACACUAUCCAGAUAGAAAAUGGUCAUGGUGUUUGUUUUUGCCCCACAUGCCCAUAAUUUUAGAAACUGAAGUCACUGUGUUUUUUCCUAGCUGUGCACAAAAUGUUCCAAACUUAAACAGCCAUAAAAAAAUCUUAUUAUAAUAUAGCAAAAACUAUGAAUCUUACUAAAACCUAGUCAGAGCCAUAGGUUUGUUUGUCUGGGCUAUAACUUUCCAGCAAAGUGACUUCAAAUUAAUGCUGCCACACAAAAAUGGACAGUUUUUUAAAAAAUAUUAUUUUUAGCCACAACAAGCUAAACACCAAUAAAAAGGGCCUUUUUCUGGCAAUUAUGCAGUAGUAUUUAUGUAUAUUGCAAACUUUUCCCAGAUUUGUUCAACACAAGCUGGUUACAGUGGUUAUGAUGAAUUAUCCAUAGGAUUUGAGCCAAUCAUAAACAAAAAAUAUUUUGAAGGAAUAAUGCAGUAUAAAUUGCAUCAGGGUCCUCAGUUCUUACAAAUGAACAAUUCUUAUGCGCACAUAGAAAUACAGAGUCUACUAAAUUAUUUUAGAUCCUUACAUUGCAUGGCCAUCAGAGACCGUUUUUUUUUUUGUCUUGUUAAGGGGGAGCUGGUGGGAUUUGACUAGUAGCUCCUGUAGUAUAAUUAUGAUGAGAAGAAAGAAGAAAAAGAGCUGAGUUUAAGGUGGCUCGACUGGAUAUUUAUGGGUUGAUACCUCCCAGGUUUGAGCAUUAACUACGUCGGCGUGAGUAAAGACAUGGAAAAAAAGUUACCACGACUGUAUUAUAUAAAGAUGAAAAUUUCUUAUGAUCUGGAGUCGCCAUGGCAACAUAAUGACGCCAUUACUUUUUUCAUUUAUCUUUGUGUUUCUCUGUACCAGGAGUUUUUUGGAGAAAUCGCUUAAGGGAGUAUGUACCUGCCAUAAUUGCCUCCAUUACGGCAAGGUUUGAAGAAAUUCUAUGAGAGCGUUUUUGAAAUAUUUUGAAAUGCAGUUUUAAGAAUCAUCAAGCAGUGAAAUAGCAUGCUAGUUGCACAAUUCGCUAAUAUUUUAAGAAAAUGAUAAGCUUUGGAAUCCCGGCUUCAUCUCAUAGUGGUGUGAUUCCAUUGAAAACUGCAUGCAAAAAAUGAGGGGAAUUGCUCUGGGCGAUUGCGAGUAAGAACAGGGACCGCGGAGGGGGAGGGGCUGGUAGGGCCGCGGCCCCACCACUUUUUUGCGCCCCCGCCCCCACUUUUUGCGCUAAAAAGAAAAACAAUUAAAAUUAAAAAAAAGACUUGAAACAAGUUUUUUUCCGUCUAUAUUCCGCUAUAUUCUCUGUAUUUUCUUUAAUUUCAAACGCCAGGCAUUUUGUGGGGCUCCUGUGCUUUUCGCGGUAAUUGUGCCCUUGCCCUGGGGCCGACUUGCCCCUUGAUCAAACGCCAUGCCUUGGCAAUUGCCUUGGCCACCCCUUCGCUUCGUUCGGCAGCGUGUUUUGUACUUCCAGCUCCGCCAGAGUUUUUUAUCAGUUUUAUCAGACAAAAUGAAGAUGAAAACAAUGCCAGUGAAUAAUAAGGACGCUCACUUGUAAACACAAAAUCUGGGGGGGAAAUUGGCUAUAUUUGAGGCUCUAUUUAAAAGCCUUCCCUGUUUUCAAUGUUCUUAAAACUUGCGGGGAAUAUUUCUUGACGAUUGAUCUUGGGAUUGUCGAAUUUAUUAAAAAAAUUAUCGAGCGGUUUUUGGAAAAAUGUGACAUUUUUAGGCAUGGGCCAAAUUACCUCCAAAAACUGUAUCAAAAGCAUCUGAAUGCAAGUUAAUAAAAUCCUUCUUACUUGCGAUCGCCCAGAGCAAUUCCCCUCUUAUUUUGUAUGCAGUUUUCAAUGGAAUAAAACCACUAUGAGAUGAACCCAUGUUCCCAAAGCUUGUCAUUUUCUUAAAAUAUUAGCGAAUUGUGUGGCUAGCAUGCUAUUUCACUGUUUUUAUGAUUCUUAAAACUGCAUUUCAAAAUAUUUCGAAAACGCUGUCAUAGAUUUCUUUAAACUUGGCCAUAAUGGAGGCAAAUAUGGCAGGAACAUACUCCCUUAAGCGAUUUCUUCAAAAAACUCCUGGUAAAGAGAGACACAAAGAUUAAUGAAAAACGUAAUGGCGUCAUCACAUUGCCAUGGCGACUCUGAUUGCAAUAAAACCCAGAUCAUAAGAAAUUUUCAUCUUUAUAUAAUACAGUUGUGGUAACCUUUUUUCCAUAUCUUUACUCAUGCUGACGUAGUUAAUGCUCAAACUUGGGAGGUAUCCCCCUAAAAAAAUCCAGUCGAGCCACCUUAAGGCUGAAGAAUUUUGAAAAAAUGAAAAAUGAAUAACUGAACAUAAAUCAAAUAGAAGUUUUGAAUGGCCGUAAGCAGUGAACAGACAUUGUCUGUAUAAGAUGACAUUGCAUAAGGAGUCUGUUUUUAAAAAGGAAAACUGCUGGAGAAACUUUGAGAGCUUUAUCAAUAGUGCAAGAAACAUUUCCCAAAUGGAGUUUGUUGUUUUUUUCUCCAAAGAAACAUUCAAUUUGGUAUGCUUUUUUGCAUUUUAUUGGGGUAGAAUUGCUUUUUGGUGUGUAAGACGUGUACAUUAGGGGGUCUGAGGAGAUGCUUCCUGGGAAAAUCUGAACUUUCUGAAGGUCAGAAAUGCUGGUUUUUGGCAUUCUGGUAGGCAGCUGUUUGCAUUAUUACAGAUGCCAUAACUGCAAAACUUGAAGGAAUUUUUUUUGGUGCCCCCCCCACCCCUACACAUUCCAACCCUAUCAUUUGUUUGCCCUUCUCGCCACUCCCCCUAUUCUCUGUUUUUUUUCUUUACUUUAUCUCUUCUUCCACUCCUCCUCUUCCUCUCCUUCUCUGAACCUUCACGUACAUCUUCACCUUCGCCACUUCUCUUGGGUGUGAGGUGGUCUUUCGUGGAUGAUUGUAUAUUUGUGUGGGGGCAAAAUUUGUGGUUUUGUGUUUUUGGGUUGGUGUUGUUGGUAUUUUUUGAUGGGUCCAACGUUGAAAACUUGAGGGGAUUUUUUUUGGGGCCCCCCCCCCCCCUUUACACCUAAUAUGUUAUUUCCUUCCGUAUCUUUCCCCCGUUUAAGUCCUAUUUUAUUCAUGCCCCCCCCCCCUUAAAUCCCAUCAGCCCCCCUCCCCCUUAAAAAAUGAACACACCCUUAUUUCUGGUUGAUUACUGUGAAGUGAAGUAGUCCAGAGCUGAAAAGUACAGACUGUUAACAUUCUUCGAAACAACAGGCUUGGCUGAUUCAUUAGUAGAUUAAUUGGAAAUGAGGUAGCAAAUGAAUGACUAUGGAAUAUUGACAACAAUCUCCUAAAUGGUGUGAUAUUCCUGGACUUGAUUUGUUUUUAAAACCCAGGAGGUAUGCAGAUGAUACUACCCUUACCUCAUCUGAAGAAGAACCAUGUGUCCUUGAACAUAAAAUGAAUUAUGAUCCGAAUUUAAUUUAGUCAUGGCUGUCACCCAAAAAAAUAACUUUGUUAAGGGUCAAUAAUACACUGUUGGAAAGAGUAAUGAUUAUUAAACAUAAAUCUCUUGGAGUUCAAAUUGAUGAAUCUCUGAGCUGGCACCCACAAAUUAAUACCAUUUCAAAAAAUAUAUCCACUGGUCUUGCUAUCUUCAAGCGUGUGAGUCUUAUUUUACCAUUUGAUACCAGCGAAUAAUUGUACAGUGCACCAGUUGGUAAUGCCAUCUUUUAAUUGCUGUAGUGCUGUAUGGGGUAAUAUUAAUAAAGAACUAGCAGAGAAACUUCAAAAGAUGCAGAAAAGGGCUGCUAGUUUAAUUUUACACACGAUUCCGAGGAAGACCAUGUAAAAGCGAUACAAGUUCGUGUAUAAAAUAAUAAAGAUUGGUCAGUGUCCUUUGUAAGGAAGUCUAUGAACUGCUGCAACUCCGUCAAUUAACAAGCUACAGUCAGUCUUCAGAGAGGGAAGGAACAAGUGUUUGCCAAAACAUUAGAUAGUGGCUAAUUCACGAGACAACAAUCCACUAUCCAGUGGAUAACUAUUAGGGAAACCAUGCAAGUAUUGUGGUAUCCACUAGAUACACUGUAUAGAGAUCUAUCUCAUGGUGAUUAACCUCUGUGAGUGGUCACCUCUAUUAAGCGUCACUUAUAUCCAAUAAAUUAGCUUUUCAAGAUUGAUAAAGAACACGAGCUGUACUUUAAUAUUGAAUUAAGGAUCUCUGUUACUCUCUUUCUAGUUGUUACAAUCAUAGUGAUGUAUGCUACAUAUAAGAGAACUGACCAGAUCUUUAUAAUGUCUGGAAACAGGUCCAAACACUGCAAGAGGCCCCAAAACAAGUCCGUGGUCUAUGGACUGAUGAUGGUUCCAAAUACGUGUAACGUGCAGUUCAAUUGAGGUUUCUGGGUAACUGACCACCCACCCCUCCCCUAAAGUCAACAUUAAAACUUACUUUUCACUCAGAGAAAAAUUGUGACUUACGGGAGGGGUAGGUGGUCACUUACAUGUAUCCAGAAACCUCGACUGAUCCGCUUAUUUUUCAUAAACCGUAGAAUUACUGUUUGUUUGCAAGUGCAAUGUAAUACAAAUCUUCUCUUGCUAUACAGUUUUGUUUCUACUUCCUGUCACUCGAAUUGAUUCCAUCUUAUUUGCUUCAGGUUGUAAUUUGAUCAUGGGACAUGCUGUGGACAAGGAUCUUCUCUGUUUAGUACAAGAUGAAGUGAAAGAUCUCAUCAAGGAGUACAGCGCCUUCAAGGCACAGCUGAAUCUACAGAACAAGCAAGUAGCAGAACUCGAAGAAGAUUUUGCUACCCUUAAAGAUCAAAAAGGCAGGUUGAACGAGCAUCAAGAACGACUUGAUGCACUGGAGUUCAGAAGUGAAGAGAUUACAAAGAUUUUGGAAAGAUUUGUGUCCUUUGAAGAACACUCAAGGGUGUGGUUACAAGCACUAGAAGAGAGAGUCUAUCGUUUAGAGCAAAGUCACACUGAGACAGCCGUGAAAGUAGAAGAGGUUGGACUAGAAUUGAAGAGUUUAAAAACACAGAUCGACAAACCAGGUUAGCUGGGUUAAGGUUCGGUCCCACUUCUUUUAUCAAAAAUUGUGAAUGAAAGGAUUCCCCGGCUUUAGUUUAUACUUUUUGCAGAAUAAAGUGAAGGACAAAGAUGUUUUGUUAGGGAACUUAGUAACGUCGACUAUGAGGAGGUCGAGGACGAAUACAAAAAAACAACUGGCUUUAAUAAGCUAAACGAUAGCUUUGCACUUUCGGCACACUUUUUUGUUACACAUUUCUUUUUGAAUUUCGUCGUAACGAUAUUCCGUUUCAUCGUCGUAAUCGCAUGGAGUUGUCGUUAACUUAAUAUUGUUGUUGUGCUUCCGUUUUAUCGUCGUAAUCGCGUGAAGUUAUCGUUAGCAUAAUGUUGUUGUUGUGCUGAGAUCAAGCGAUCAGUAAAAUGUGGAUUUGCGGUCCUGGUUAAACAGUAACUAAGGGACGGUUCAUUGUCAUAGGGUAGGGGGCGCUGGUGGUAUUUGGGGGUCAUCUGAAAAUACUACACACACACCACCACCACCGCCGCCACCAAAAAUGUUACACUUUGAAUUUUGUCUGUGUGUUUAAAAUAGACAAGGUUUUUAUGUGCAGUUCAAUAAAAAACCAAGAAUGUUAUCAAGUGUUUUUAAACUUGGUAAAACACGAACUGCUAGUUUAUUUUUGACCUGCUUGGACAUUUUCUUAGAACUCAUCUUAUUAGUUUUAUUUAUGUCCUUUUCAUAACUGAAAACUCGGCCCAGUUUUAUAAGUUUUGAGCCAAUUACGGUUGAACCUCUAUUUAGUGGCCACCCUCGGCGAAGUGAUAUCUUGCCGAGCAUCAUCAGAGACCCAGGAGCAGUCAGGAGGGUCGACAGGAAACGGCGCAACGAAAGUUUCCGAGCACUUUCGCCCAUGCUUGAAAACUUUCGUCGUACCGUUUCUCCUGACCGGCCUGACUGCCGCUGGGUCUCCUUGGAUAGCUCAAUAAAGUUUUAAAAAAAAUUUUUCCUUAGGGACCCAAAGAGAGGGUGACCGCUUCAUGGAAGUUCGACCACAGGUAGCCCAAGCUCAAAAUAUGAGCAUCAGCAUUGUUGCGUGACCUUUGAAAUAUAAGGAUUUAUAUGGCAGAAAAAACACGAUUGUGUCUGUAACCUACGAUUGUGAAAGAAUGUACAAAAAAGUUGGCUAAUCUCAUACUGUGCUGCGAUGUUUCAGUUAUUCUUUCCUUUGUGAUCCCCGAGUCGAUUUGGGGCCAUCAUCGGAUUUUUUGAAACCGGUUUGUACUCUUUAUAAUCCUUAUUAGAGAGAACCAACAAAACCGAUAAAAUGGAUAUAAAUCUGCUAGUAGACCACUUAGAAAAGAGAAAACACAGAACUUUAAAAUUGAAGAUAGCCGCUUUUAAUCGAAAUCUUUUCACAUCCGUAAGUUACAGGGAAAAAAACGUGUUCCUGUUCAAAUCCUUACUUUUUGAAGGCUACGCAACGGUGCAGACGUGUAUAUUUCGAGCUUGGGAUACCUGUGGUUCGACUGUAUUCCGAGUAGGAUGGGUAAUAAGCAUAUUAUUUGACAGCUCACAUCGGUAUAGUUUGCUUGUCAUUUGAGUAUAACUAGUGUUGUCAGACUUAGAUACGUAGCGUUGUAUGAUACUGAUUCCAUUUUUGUCUCUUAUCAGAAGCUUCAUCUCUGAAACCAUUCGACCUGAAAUCCUGUCGAAGCAAACUAGAAGAUCAUUACCGAAAGACAGCAACUAUUCCCACUUCUGUUUGGAGUAAGAAAUCCGUUGUCGACAUUCACCAGAUCUACACUCGUCUGUCCUGGGUGAAAGAAGAACAAACCCCAGCUGGAACAACACAGACUGAACUGAAGCAUUACUCUGACCUCUUCAAAGGAAAGAAGAACGGCGUUAUUCCAAAGAGAAUACUCGUGCAAGGGCAGACGGGAAUUGGAAAGAGCACGUUUGUUAAGAAGCUGCUUGUGGACUGGGUGGACGUCAAUAACGAGACUGGGGAUGAACAAGCAGCUAUCUUGAAGACCUUCGAGCUUGUGGUUGCCAUAAAUCUCAAGGAAGUGUCUAAAUGUCAAAGUUUUAAAGAUGUCAUAAGACUCUCUAAUGUGUUUGCAAAGGAAGACAAAUAUAUGACAGAGGGCCUUGUUGAUUAUAUCACUAACAACCAAGAGAAAGUUCUUCUGAUCUUUGACGGCUACGACGAAUACCGCAGUGGAUGUGAUUCAGAAAUAUACGAGAUUUUUAGUGGAAAUAGCCUGAGAAGCUGCUGUGUAUUAAUAACAACUCGUAUUUCAAAAUCUGACGAACUGCGGGGGAGUGAAGACCUGCAAGCUGAAAUCACGGGUUUCAGCGAAGUGGACAGAAGUGACUUUAUGCUGAGAUUCCUUAGUGCCGAUGAAGUGUCAAACUUGAAAGAACACUUACGUGACAGAAAGCUGGAAGAACUGGCGAAAGUCCCUUUACUUCUUCUGUUUUUCUGCAUUCUUUGGAAAAAGGGACAGUUAAAAGUCUUUCCAGAAACUAAAACUACAUUGUACGUAGAAAUUGUCCAGUUCAUUGUAAAUCACAGCUAUAGCAAGAAAACACAACCUCUGUAUGUCCAACUAACAUCUCUAGAAAAGAUCCUCUCAGAAAUAGGAAAGGUUGCUUUAAAAGCUCUUCUGAAGGAUGACCAUUUGUUUGAGUACAGUCAGUUGUCCGGUUCUGUCCGUUGUGACGAAAGCGUCCUCACUGGUUUGCUUCAAAUCACCGAAUACUCAGAAACCUUACAACCAAUUGAAAUGGUGUCGUUUAUUCACAAGAGCAUCCAAGAGUUCCUUGCCGCAUGGUACAUUACCCACAGAUGUAUACCGGAAGGCGGAAAUCUCGGUGAAAUUGGAGUAAAGUUCGAGGAGUGCUUGGCUUUAAAGAAUGUUUUCCAGUUUGUAUGUGGCCUUAGUGAAGAUGGAGCGUCAAUAGCUUUGAGACACUUAAAGUCUGUCAGAAUCUCAGAUCCUUCGCUAGAUUUAUCAAAGGCAAUACCGGACUUAGAAAACGAGACAGACGCACCACUGAGUGACGUCACUGAGCGUCAGUGCAUAUUUCGCGAUUUGGUUUUGAAUUCAUUUGAGGAAGUUGAAUCAAAAUAUAAGCUUUCAAGAGCUUGUUUGGAUUGCCUUGGGAGUAUUCUUAUUUCACCAGGAAGUAGACCAUUUCCUAAAGACCUGUUGUUAAAGGCAAGGCAUGAAAACUCCUGGUCUUUGAUUUCUGGAUUAACAUACCCUGUUGUAAGAGUCAUGGAAGGUAAUGUCCUACUACUGAAAGCGACGCUUGAAACACUGGUUGCUGAAAGUUCUGAAAUUCUCAAAGUUUUAGAUUUUGUAAGAAAUUUCUCUGCUAUGUAUAACUUUCGUUGUUUCUGCGGAUUUUUGCCUGUGGUUUGUUACCGUAAUGACCAAGUCCACUUUUACAUUACGCACUUGGAUCUGCUGUGUGAGGACCACGCCAGGCUAUUCAUUGACUUUGCUGUGCCUUCUGAUUCAGGGCAUGUAAGUUCAGGACAAUCGUGUCUGAAAUUUUUGAAAACCUUUUAUUGUUCUCCCACUAGAUUUUCGAUGGAAGGUCUGGGGGCAAUUAUCAAACAAUGUAAUCAUUUAGAACGCCUUCAAGUUUUAGAUUGUGAUGAUUGUUUAUGUCAUAUCUUGGAGCAAGUAACAAAUCCUCUCAAGUGCUCUUUGUCCGUCAAGCGUUGUGCCUUAACGUCAAAAGGAGCAGAAAAACUUGCAUUUUUGUUACCAAGGUUUGAAAACGUCACUGAAUUUGACCUUCGCAUAGGGAAAUGCUCCUAUGAAGCAGCAGCAAACGUGGUUGACGCCAUCAAGCACAAGACUCUUGAGAGUUUGAAACUUCGUGAAAUAUACCUGACGCCAGCAUUAGCUGAGGCGCUCAGUAAGUCGCUGCCUGAAUUAUUAGCAUUACGAAUAUUGAAGAUAGGUGAUCUGGCUGAAUGUUCUGACGAUUCAGUGACACGAUUGGUUGCCGCUAUCAAACACAAAACCCUUGAGAAACUGAAACUUGGUAAAAUCAGGCUGACAUCUGCAGCAGCCGAGGCGCUCGGUCAGUCCUCGCCUGAAUUAUCGGCCUUACAAGCACUAAGAGUUGAAGGUUCAGAUGGGUGUAGUUUGCAGCAUAAGGAAAUGGAGGCGAUGUUUGGCAGAUUUAAGAGACCUUCUCCGCAAUUAAAUCGACUGCAGAUCUGUAAUUUCAGCGCGAGAGGAACACUUGCUCAACUCACCAGAAACCUGUGCUUUUUUCCCAACUUGUAUUCGUUACAACUUGAAGCAUUAGAUAUGGGUGAAGCUGACUUGUGUGGUUUGCUCGAGAAUUUGAAAUUCAUCCCUAAUCUUAGAUCUCUGUCCCUGAUUGGAAACCCACUGGGACAAGCGGUAAGGUUAAUGGUACCAUACUUGCUUAACCAGCAACAUCCUCUUGUUCUUCAUUUCGGGCGAGAGGAUUGUUCAGAAGAACAUCUGAACUAUGUUCAAGAGGCGAUCAAAGGGAAGUCAAAUAUUGAGCUUGAAAUUAAAACAAAUAUGAACCCUUUUUCUUUGCCGCAGAAUUGGUACGGGAGGCCG